AUGGCGACUUUAGAGAAUAAUUUACUCAAUUCGAGAUUUAACACUCUGUUGCAGUCUACAUCGUCCACGAGGCCAUUGACAAGCUCUCUUCAGCUUUCGUCAACAGAUAUAAACAGGCCUCUAACGUCCAAUCCACUUCUUAAAUCCAAUCCGUCCUUACUGACCUCAGCUAAAACAACGAAACGCAAUCUUGCUUGCACAUUCUUUGGAACCCAAAAUCUCCAAAAUAAGGAACUUCUAUCAUCAUCACUUGCAGAUUCCUCGUUGUUAGCGAAUAAAAACCUCGAAGGAUCAACAUCAGUGAACAAAACGCUCGACAAUAAACUCUUGCUCAAUCGAACAUCAUCCUCUUUUGGAAAUGAGAACUACUUGCUCCAACUGGCCUCUCCUAUCGAGUCACCGGGGUCAUUAGCAUCUUUAGAGCCAGAAAAAGAAGAAGUCUUCAGUGACGAACUCUAUCAAAAACCGUCAUCAUGUUGGACUCCAGACGAUGUUCAGCUCGUACCUAAGGAUACUCAUGUCUCGAUACGAUCCAAAACGAUCACUUCAAAUGAAGUCAAACUUCUCGAGACAACAAAUCUUUUCGAAGAUAUCUCUGGACAGGACGACCAGAAAUAUGAGCUUGCUGAACGAGAAGAAAAUGAACGCAAGAAAAAGAUCACUCUACUUCAUGAGGUCAACCUGUGUCUGGUCAACCGGGUCGACUUCAAGAAGAUUGAACAUCCAAGCGUUAAAUCCUUCCGAAGUUUAAUUGAGGCUGUAAUCGACUCCGAAAAACCAGAAUUUGUCCUACAGGUUGCUCUUUACGCUCGUCGUUUUUUGAAUAUAAGAAGUGCAUCGAACUUUAUCGCGGCUGUCGCAGCUUCUCAUCCAAAAAGUCGGCAAUUCAUUCGGAAGUAUUUCUCGCCACUCGUUGUCACUCCAUCAGAUUGGAUAGAGAUCGCGGAAAUGAACGAGAAACUAAAUAGUGGCACAAUCAGCACUUCGCUUCGAAAAGCGAUGACAGACAAAUUCCGAGAGUUUGACGAGUAUCAACUGCAGAAACACAAUAAGCGUCCACAGCGGAAGAAAAAGCAACCAGCUGAAAUCGUGUCCGACGAAGAUCCUCCUGCAAAAGUCCAUACACUCAAGAAUCUUAUCAGAACUCUGCAUAUCAAAGAUCCCGCUGAAUAUGUCAUGGGAAUCCUCGGUAAGCGGUACCCGUCGUCAUACGAAGAGUACGCAAAAACGCGACUGACCGAGCCCUACGAUCGCGAACGCUGCGGGGAGAGAAUGAAGCUCAAAACGGCGAUGACUUGGGAAACUGAACUGACUGCGAAGGGAAAUGUUGCUGAAGCGUGGGAAGGUCUUAUCAAGUCGCGUAAGCUUCCAUACAUGGCAGGGCUGCGAAACAUUCGUAAUAUUUUUUAUUGCGGAAUCAACGAUGAGUGUGAUGGCCUUUUCAGGAAAUUUAUAAGCAAUAGAAAUGCUGUUGCAAGAUCGAAGCAGAUGCCUUCUCAAUUCUUCGCUGCAUUUGACAUAAUUCGGGCACUUGAGGAUGAAGUUAAUGAAAUGGAGGAUCAGGCAACCCGCAAUGAAAGAUCUUGGCAAGAUGUCCUGAAGCCAUAUGGUCGCGGUGUCAAAAGAGUUCUUGAUGUAGGAUGGAAGAAGAAAUCCCUUAAAGUUCCGAGUCCUCCAGAGAGUUUUGAAGCGAAAGAAAAUUUCAAGGAAUUUCUUAUAAAUUUAUCGAAACAGCCUACAAAGCCGGUGCCCAAAGAUGACUACCUAGACGACGUGAAUUGGAAAAACUUGCUUGCUUUCUGCAAAGCUGAACACUUUCGUGCGAAAAAUCUGGUCAACCACGUGAAUGUCAAAACGAGCAAACUUUACCACUUGAAAACGGACUUAGCUGUUGGAUCUCAAAUAUGGAAGAAAACAUUAUUGGGAACGAUUAAAAAAUACAAGAUCUGUCUAAAUCAAGCAAUCCUGCACUCAAUUAACAACGUUCCAUCUGUCCCUGGUCGCACUAUUUUCUUUAUAAAAAAACUCAAGAAGGAUGUCCUUCCAGGCAAAGACAAAAAGCCAACUGGUCUCACGGCAGACAAAAACUUCCAAGCUUUGGUGAUGGCUGCUUGUGCAAUCAAAUCUUGCCAAGAUGUUGAUCUUUAUUACUAUGAGGCGGAAAAUCACUUUGACGGAGAUCAUGAAGAUCCCAUUCCAAAAAUCGUAAGCGUCAGUGGAUGCAAUGAGCAAGUCUUGCGAUUUAUUGCCGAGGACAGUAAAUCAGAUGUUAUCAGAGAUAUUGAAGCUUAUCCCUCGCAAUUUGAUGUCCAUCUUGAUGACUUUGAUAAUAAAGAUGAUGCUGCCGGCAAUGGACAAAAUGGAAAACAAAUUUUGAAAGUAUUUAUUUCGUCAACGUAUAUGGACUUAUCCACAGAACGGCAAAGAAUCGUCGACUCUAUCAUACCAGCCUUCAAUAAAACUCGCGAUGACGUAUUCUUGCAGCCGGUUGAUAUUCGAUUUCCUGAAAAUUUCAAGAAUCAGAUUCGUGCUACAACCUUUUGUCUCAAGAAAAUUAUUGAAGCGGAUAUUGUUAUCGGCAUACUUGGAGAGCGCUUUGGUUCUGUUCCCGGCCGACUUUACGAGGAGAUAUUUCCCCCAGCUGGGUUCGACUUUACAAGCUCGUGGGGCGAAGAUAACAAGAAAAUAUCUAUUACAGCAGCUGAAUUACUAACGGCAAAACACUUCAGUAAACCAACGAUCCUGCUGAAAAAACAAAUGCUCUCAAGGGAUCCUCGUCUGGACGAACUUGAAGAAAAACUCGGCUUUUCUACUGUGGAUUUUCAAUAUAUCAGCGAUUUAUCCCAUGAGAUCAUGCAAAACCUUCCAAGUGCUAUCGCUCAAUGCAACAAAAAUCCUCAAAGGAAGAUAAAAGAUGAUGAUAUGGCUUUUCAUGGACGGCAUAUGGUUCUCAAUAGAGCGAAAAGUUGCAUAUUCGAAGGCCAGGUUACUGUUAUUCACGGAACUAAGGAUGCUGGAAAAACAUGUUUGAUGAGGUAUUUAAGAAGAAAAGAGAUUGAAAAGGAAAAAGUAACAGCAUGGUACGAGUGCACCGAUGAAACCACCGUAGAAGAUCUUCUUGACGCUGUGAGAAGUCAACUUGGGGUCGUUGUGAAGCCAAAAGAAGACCCCAAUCUACUCGAAAGCUCGCUCCCUUCAAAUGCUACUAUAUUUAUAGAUAAUGCCCAACAGUUAGAGACAAUCGAGUGGGCAGUUUUGAGUCACAGGGCUACUUCUUCAGUCGUUUUCGGCGUUCAGACUAACACUUUUGCACUUCAGCGUAUAUUCCAGGAUUCCGCCCGUAAUUUCCUGAAUCUAAAACGACUUUCUCCAUCUGAAAAGAAGGUCAUUUUCAACGGUUUCAUAGGAUUCGAAGCGGACAGACGUGUGCAUUCUAAAAUUGAUACCCUCGAAGGAAGCUCAAACGUUGCAUUUAUGAAAAUGCUUGCUGCUGGCCUACGUACUUUUACAAAUCGGAUACCAAUUCCUCAUUUACCCAAGAAUUUCGAUGAGCUUGGACCAUUUAUACUCAAGAUAUCCGAGCCAGUUUAUGGAUAUUUUGCGUAUGCUGCAGCUGGCAUGCUUCUUGAUAAGCCUAUAAACUACGAAGUAUGGCUAAACUCAUUGUACUUAUGGUCUGGUGCUGCGCCCGCUGAUGAGAAAACCAUCCACUUGUAUGCAUCAGGACUGGAGGAGUGGCUGGUUGAUAUCGUCGAUGAUAAAGUUAUGAUAAAAAAAUCUAUUCUCGCCGGACUUUCUUCAGUCGAUAUACUUCAAAAUUUCAAAGAUGGCAUUCUUGAAAGCUAUAUUGAUAUAUUGAAGAACAAUAAAGAGACAAUGACGAGUACUGCACUCGAAAACUUGCCUUCUCUCCUUACUCUUCCUCAAUGCAAGAAAUUUGUCGAUGCGAAGAUAAUUCUGCUCCUUAAAAAACUUGACUUGCUGAAAUCUGUCACAAAGAAGAUCUUGAAGUUCUCGGACAAACAUUUUACAUCUCGAAUGGAGAAGAUUUCGUAUUUGAAUAAUAGAUACAGUGCUGAAAUUGGAAUGAAACAAGCUCUCGUUGAUUGCCAUUUCAAGGACGAAAAUUUAUUUGGCGAUUCUCCCGAAAAUAAGAUCUACGAAGUUAUCGAUUUCUCGGAAACAUUCAACUUCCUGUCCUCACAAGGUGGCCAGAUUAUCUCGUCGAAAGAAGGUUCAAUCUCCAUUUUAUCCGACAGUGGAAAUCUUCUAACUCGUGAUUUUUCAACCGGAGAAGAGACUAUCAAGCAUUUUCCAUUCAGAGGAACGAAUAAAAUAGCGUUGAGUCAAUCCAACGCGAUUGUUGUCGCUCAUGGCAAUAUUUCUAUCUGUAAUGACACUGACUUCAUCGUCCAAAAUGUAGCCAAAAACGGCCACGGAGAGGUAACUGAUAUCGCCGUCGCUCUUUCAGGAGAGAGCUUUGUCACACUACAUGCAGAUACUCGCUGUCUUAAUUUUUGGCGAUCAGAGGAUGGCAAGUUAAUUUGGUCUCAGUUUUUCGAUCACGUUCCAGGGAAGGUAGCACUUUCCGUCGGCGUUGGCAGCACUCCCCAAGAGCCAGGUUAUGAUUUUCAGCGCGUAGCCGUUGGCCUCUGGAAUUCGAGAAUUUACCUCUACAAUGCGAUCGAUGGCUCUUGCGUUGCAAAAAUAGAGACAGAUAUUUCGGCCUCUAUAACUGCACUAUCUUUCGACCAAAGAAAAGAUGAGCUUUUGCUUGCUGUCGGUUACAGUUCCGGUGCUGUGCGAUGGAUGAGCGCCAAGUGUGGCACAGUAACAGCUGAAGCAGUGGAUUCUGCAGAACCCGUCACCGACUUUAUCAUCGGGGAUAGAACCAUUGCCUCCACCACGGGCUCGUCUGUCGCAGUUUGGGACAAACAAUCCGAUCAAGAGACCAUCAAGACGUGUUCCGAUCUUGUCUUCGCGAUGUUCAAGAGCAACUAUGGAUAUGCUUUCGUCUAUUAUAACGGAAACAUUGACUACUGCAAAGGAUCUUCUUUGCACUCAGUUACCUCUACAUUCAGUGGUACAAUUGGCUCUGGCGAUUUCGGAGUGACAGUGAAGAAAGCUGUUUCCUGUGACUUUGAUGUUUGUGGUUUCUGUAUCAUGGUUCAAACAGCAUCUAACGACCUCUAUUUCCUAUCCGAAAAAGAAAAAUUCUUAAGAGCAUAUAACAUUCCUCUGAACCAGCGAGUGCUAGAUCAUCAAAAUGUCUUUCUCACUGAAAGCCGCUCCGGAAACAUACAAGUGAUUAUUUCAGAUGACAAGGGUUUCUCGGUGGAAACAUUCAAGAUUUCAUCUAAAAGAGACUUACGAAGCUUAGAACCUCUGAGAGCUCGCAAGGAAAACUCCUACGACUGUUCGAUUAUUGCUAUCAAACAAAUCGGAAAGUCAAAGUAUCUCCAAGUUUCCUCAAAAUUUGUAACGACGACCCUUAUGGUUACUUCAUUUCCGUUUUACAAAAUGCAGCAGACGACGAAGAACAGUAGUUUUUACCCUCGUAAAAAGAUCAUCGACGCAUGCUUCAACGAGAAACAGUCUACUGAUGUCUCUGCUGCGGUUUGCUACGAAAAUUGCACGGUUUCACUUCUCAAAGAGUCUCCUGAGGGUCUCAAAGAAGUGGUGAACUUCGCUCUGCUCGAAAACCCUUCUCAAAUCAAUCUUUUCGGGAAUUUACUUGCUACAACUAGCGUCAAUGCUGCGCAUAUUUUCUCGCACCGUGGAAAAGUUCUCGCUUCUACAACCUGUCGCGGUUUCCAGAAUGGCUCAGCUCUGGUAUCCGUUAGAGAUAAACCAUUCAAUUGGGAUGAUAAUGAACCUAAACCAGUGGAAUUCAUUGAUCUCGAGGACGUUCUGCUGAUUGGAAGUGAUGGACACUCAAUCAAAGAAUGGCGACCAUCAUCAAGACAGAAAAUCAAGUCUGUCCAUGUUGAGACUUUGCUUACGGCGAAGCAGAAUAAGGAGACAGAAAUUAUUUUCUCCUCCUCUGAUGGAAUUUUCGAAUUGAAUACGAAUGAAAUCAUGAAACAGCGAGUAAAAUCACCAAUAAAGCUCGUAGGAGAAUUCAAGAACGUUGUCUACAUGGUCACAGAGGAUGAAAUUGUCACAGUCACUAAUGGAGAAUGGAAAAUACAGCCUCUCAAGUGCACUCCUUUGAUGGUUUUGAAUGGGAUUCUUGUAUAUUUCCAAAGAAAAGAGAGCCCUGGAAUCCAAUAUCCGAUAAAAGCACUGGAUAUUUUACAAGGAAAAUCAUUGCGCAUCCUUAUAAACUACCAAAAUAACUUCAUGAACUGCAUGACGAAUGAACUCUGGUCAAACACAUUGUCAAUAGAACCCAUUGAGACAUCGGAAGUCGUUGGCACAGAUACCAUAGUCCCGUGGAUGGAGAAAAAUUUAAGGAUCUAUAUUAGAGAGUCAGAUGAUACUCGGACUGUGCGACAUUAUCAAGUCAACCUGAAACAGAAAACUGACAAACUUGAAAUGAUGUUUACAGAAACACCGGCAAAUGCAGUCAACACCGGAGUUGAUGAAGAUGUAACUGAAGAGAUUGAGAUGCCAUUCAUUACUCGAAAGCUCGGAAUCAUCAAAGAUGGAAAGAAGUCAUUACUUAUCGCUAAUGCUUCACGACAUACCGUCUACGUCUACACUUUCUCCGACGACGAUCGACAAACAAAGCUGAUGGCUGAAAUCAUUGUCCAAGAAAAAAUAUCUUCGAUCUCUAUUGAUGCAAAUGCUAAUUUAAUCAUCGCUUUUGCGAAUGGCACAUUUUCACGAGCUAUUCCUCUAUAA